UCGAGCGGAGCAGAGGAGGCGAGGGCGGAGGGCCAGAGAGGCAGUUGGAAGAUGGCGGACGAGGCGGCGCUCGCCCUUCAGGCCGGCGGCUCCCCUUCCGCGGCGGCGGCGGCGGCGGCAGCGGCGGCCGCCAUCGCCAUGGAGGCCGCGGCGGCGCAGCCCGCCGAGGAGCCGCUCCGUAAGAGGCCGCGCCGAGACGGGCCCGGCCUCGGGCACAGCCCCGGCGAGCCGAGCUCCGCGGCGGUAGCCGCCGCCGCGGGGUGUGAGACGCCGAGCGCCGCGGCCCCGGCGGCGCUGUGGCGGGAGGCGGUCGGGGCGGCGGCGGCGGUGGUGACGGCGGCGGCGGGCGCGGAGCGGGAGGCCCCGGCGACCGCCGCGGCCGGGGACGGAGACAAUGGGUCGGGCCUGCGGCGGGAGCCGAGGGCUGCCGACGACUUCGACGACGACGAGGGCGAGGAGGAGGAGGACGACGAGGCGGCGGCGGCGGCGGCGGCAGCGGCAGCGGCAGCGAUCGGCUACCGGGACAACCUCCUGUUCACUGAUGAGAUCAUCACUAAUGGCUUUCACUCCUGUGAAAGUGACGAAGAGGACAGGACUUCCCACGCAAGCUCUAGCGACUGGACUCCACGGCCCAGGAUAGGUCCAUAUACUUUCGUUCAGCAGCAUCUCAUGAUUGGCACCGAUCCUCGAACAAUCCUUAAAGAUUUACUACCAGAAACGAUUCCUCCACCUGAGCUGGAUGACAUGACACUGUGGCAGAUUGUUAUUAAUAUCCUUUCAGAACCACCAAAACGGAAAAAAAGGAAAGACAUUAAUACAAUUGAAGAUGCUGUGAGAUUACUACAAGAGUGCAAGAAGAUAGUCGUGUUAACUGGAGCCGGGGUUUCUGUUUCCUGUGGGAUACCUGACUUCAGAUCACGAGAUGGUAUUUAUGCUCGCCUUGCUGUGGACUUCCCAGAUCUCCCAGAUCCUCAAGCCAUGUUUGAUAUUGAGUAUUUUAGAAAAGAUCCAAGACCAUUCUUCAAGUUUGCCAAGGAAAUAUAUCCCGGACAGUUCCAGCCAUCUCUGUGUCACAAAUUCAUAGCUUUGUCAGAUAAGGAAGGAAAACUACUUCGAAACUAUACUCAAAAUAUAGAUACCUUGGAGCAGGUUGCAGGAAUCCAAAGGAUCAUCCAGUGUCAUGGUUCCUUUGCAACAGCAUCUUGCCUGAUUUGCAAAUACAAAGUUGAUUGUGAAGCUGUUCGAGGAGACAUUUUUAAUCAGGUAGUUCCUCGUUGUCCUAGGUGCCCGGCUGAUGAGCCACUUGCUAUCAUGAAGCCGGAGAUUGUCUUCUUUGGUGAAAAUUUACCAGAACAAUUUCAUAGAGCCAUGAAGUAUGACAAAGAUGAAGUUGACCUCCUCAUUGUUAUUGGGUCUUCUCUGAAAGUAAGACCAGUAGCACUAAUUCCAAGUUCCAUACCCCAUGAAGUGCCUCAAAUAUUAAUAAAUAGGGAACCAUUGCCUCAUCUGCAUUUUGAUGUAGAGCUUCUUGGAGACUGUGAUGUCAUAAUUAAUGAGUUGUGUCAUAGGUUAGGUGGUGAAUAUGCCAAACUUUGUUGUAACCCUGUAAAGCUUUCAGAAAUUACUGAAAAACCUCCACGAACACAAAAGGAAUUGGUUCAUUUAUCAGAAUUGCCACCAACACCUCUUCAUAUUUCAGAAGACUCAAGUUCACCUGAAAGAACUGUACCCCAAGACUCUUCUGUGAUUUCUACACUUGUAGACCAAGCAACAAAGAACAAAGUUGAUGAUUUAGAAGUAUCUGAAUCAAAAGGUGGUGUGGAAGAAAAAUCACAAGUAGUACAGACUUGUAGGAAUGUGGAGGGCAUUAAUGUGGAAAAUCCAGAUUUCAAGGCUGUUGGUUCCAGUACUGGAGAGAAAAACGAAAGACCUUCAGUUGUGGAAGCAGUGAGAAAAUGUUGGCCCAACAGACUUGCAAAGGAGCAAAUUAGUAAGCGUCUUGAUGGUAAUCAGUACCUUUUUGUACCACCAAAUCGUUACAUAUUCCAUGGUGCGGAGGUGUACUCAGACUCUGAAGACGAUGUCUUAUCCUCUAGUUCCUGUGGCACUAACAGUGACAGUGGCACAUGCCCGAGUCCAAGUUUAGGAGAACCCAUGGAAGAUGAAAGUGAGAUUGAAGAGUUCUAUAAUGGCUUGGAAGAUGAUAAUGAUAGACCUGAAGGUGCUGGAGGAUCUGGAUUUGGAGCUGAUGGAGGGGAUCAAGAGGGAGUUAAUGAAGCUACAGCCAUGAGACAGGAGGUGACAGGUGUAAACUGUCCAUCAGACAAAUUAUAACAUUAUUACAGUUGUCCAGGUACAGGAAUUGCUCCACCAGCAUUGGGAACUUCAGCAUGUCAAAAUGAAUGUUUACUUGUGAACUUGAACAAGGAAAUCAGAAAGAUGUAAUAUUUAUAGACUGGAUAAUAAUUGUCAUAAUUUUUAAAGUUCCAUUAUUUCUGUACUUGUACAUUCAACACUAACUUUUUAAAGGUACUAGGUAUCUUUAAUCAGUUGUUAGUUGACUUCAGUUUCCUUUAAAGGUUCAUUUGUAUGAUACAUCCCUAUGUAUAUAUAAUUUUGUUUUUGCCUAUUAAUUUUCAACAUUUUAAAGUUUUCAAAAAGCCAUUGGAAUGUUAAUGUAAAGGGAACAGCUUAUCUAGACCAAAGAAUGGUAUUUCACACUUUUGUUUGUAACAUUGAAUAGUUUGAAAUCCUCAUAUUCUGUUCGGCUGAACUUUUUAUUUUUAGCAGUUACCUUUGAAAACACUGGCAUUUUCAAAAACUUGUGGCAGCUAACUUUUUAAAAUCACAGAUGACUUAUAAUGUGAGAAGGAAAUCACCAUGUGUGGGGAGCACUCAAAAUUUGGUGCUCAGAGUUUGAAGCAUAUUUAGUGCUUCAGAUGGCUUUUGUACCUGCUGCAGAUGUAAUGUCAAAACAAGCCCCUGAGACUAACCUGAUAAAUGAUUUGAAAAUGUUUCAGUUGCUCUAGAAACAAUAGUGCCUGUCUAUAGGUCCCCUUAGGUUGAACAAUAGCGAAUAUUUAAACUAUCACUGUGGUAGAGCCUGUGUAGAUCUUCACCACAAGUAUUAAACUGCCAAGAUGUGAACAUGCAAAGCCUUUCUGAAUCUAAUAAUGGUACUUAGACUGGGGAGAGAGUAAUAUUUUGAACUGCUGUUUUUCCACUAAUGAGGAAAGCAACGAGUCUCUUAAUUAUAAGUUCCAAAGUAAUAAACUGUAACUCACCCAGAAAGUACAUUGUUUCCUGUUGAGAGGAUUUGGUGUAAUGUAUUCCAAAGUGUUAGCCUUGUAUUAUGGAGAUGAAUACAAAUCAGAUAGUCAAUGAAACUAGUUCUUAUUUAUUUAAAAGCUUAGCUUGCCUUAAAACUAGUGAUGAGUUUUCUGAACUGCAGAAGCUUUUAGCCUUUCAAACAGUUCACACCUCAAAGAAACUGCAGUCAGUACUUAUUUUACAGAUGACUUUGAAACAUUAUUCCCAAACUUAAGAUAUUCAUGUUUGGUUUAGUAUUUAUUACCCUCCCCCCCAAAAAAAGUUUUGAAAUAUAGCUGUUCUUUCUGCAUAAAAUACCCAGCUAGGACCGUUACUGCCAGAGGAGAAAACUAAUUAAGUAGCUCAUUUCCUUACCUAAAAAAAGCUCUCUCAAUCUGAAUUUGGCUUAACUAAAGAAUGCCGUAUAUUUAGUUUUCCAUUUGCAUGAUGUGUUUGUGCUAUAGACAAUAUUUUAAAUUGAAAAAUUUGUUUUAAAUUAUUUUUACAGUGAAGACUGUUUUCAGCUCUUUUUAUAUUGUAAAUAGACUUUUAUGUAAUCCGGCAUAUGUUUUGUAGACUGUUUAAUGACUGGAUUAUCUUCCUCCAACUUUUGAAAUACAGUGUUUUAUACUUGUAUCUUGUUUUAAAGUCUUAUAUUAAAAUUGUCAUUUGACCUUU